CCCUCCUUUUCUCUUCACCCUCUCCCGUACAACAGAAACAAGACACAACUACUACAGUACGUCAUCAUCACUUCAGACCGCACGGGGUUCCUAGCUGUGGUGAGAGAGACGGUUGACUUGCAAACUGCCAGGAUGAAACCCGGCGCCUACUCCCUGAACGAGGUCCUUGCUGUCGCGAGGAUCCAUCCCUUCUACAACCCCGCGGUCCAGUACCCUCCUGACGAAGAGGGCAUCCGGGCCGUCUUGGAGUCGGCGGCAAAGGAGCAGUCGGCUCCGGACUUGGGCCGUGUGCCCCUCACCACGAAGAAGGACUUGUACAAAACAAUCGAGCGGCUGGCGGGUGAUGCGAGCCCCGACAACACGUACCGCCGGAGUGCCUACCUGAGCAUCACCGGUGGCGGAUCUGGCGGCCUCCCCAUGUUGUUCGCGACCGACGCGGCCGAGAACCGGGCACAGCGGGCCCGAAUGGGCAACCUGAUUCGGAACUGCCGUCUCAUCGGGCCGGGCGACUGGGUCUUGACCACCCAUGCUAGUGGUCACUUUUACCGAUCACUCGAUCUCACUCUCGAGAUCCUCGGGAACGCCGGCGCGAGCGUCCUGUCGGCCGGGCACAACAUGGAACCGGCCGAGGUCGCCGCGGCGCUGGCGCACUACCGCGUCAACGUGCUGACCGGCGACGGCAGCCAGGUCGUCCGCAUCGUCCGCCACAUCGCCUCGCUGCCCGCCGACGAGCGCCACCGCAUCCGCCUGACCAAGAUCAUAUACACCUCCGAGCCGCUCACCCCGAGCCAGCGCGCCUACAUCGCCGACGUCCUCGGCCCUGGGGUCGCCAUCGGAUCCAUGCUGGGCAGCUCCGAGGCCGGGCCCUGGGCCGUCGGCCCCCUCCGCGCGCCCCUCGAGGCGACAGCAGAAGAAGCAGAGCAGAAGCAACAGCACGAGGACGCUUCGGCGGCGGCCGAUGCGGGAGCCACCGACUUUGUUUUUGACACGCGCACCAUGGUGAUCGAGAUCCUCGACCCGUCGUCGUUGUCAUCCUCCUCCUCCUCCACCACCACCACCACCGCCGCCGCCUCCGCCUCCGCCUCCGAAGCAAACAGAACAAGCCAGCAGCCGGUGCCGGUGCCGGUGCCGGAGCCGGUGCCGGAGGGGACGCCCGGGAUCGUGGUGCAGACGUCGCUGCAGCGGCUCAAGAACCCGCUGGUGCGCUACGUCAGCGGCGACGUCGGGUCGCGGCACCCGCUGCCGGCGUCGCUGGCGGCCGUCGUGCCCGAGGGCGAGCGCGAGCACAUGCGGGUGCUGCGCCUGCGCGGCCGCGACCGCCGCUUCAGCUUCAAGUGGUACGGCGCCUACUUCGAGUUCGACCGCCUGGCCGCCUUCCUGCGCGCCCCGGAAUGGGGCAUCCUGCAGUGGCAAGUCGUCCUGGCUAGCGUCGAGGCCUCCUCGCCCGAGGUCGCCCUCGAGAUCCGACUUCUGCUGCCCUCCGGGCCCGCCCGUCAUGGCGCCGCAGAGUCCGAGCUGGUCCGGGCCAUCGAAACCUUCUUCUUUGUCCAGGCCGAGAGCCGCCAUCUCUUCCGGAUCAAGUUCCUCAAGGACAUCACCGAAUUCGAGAGGAGCUGCACCGGGGGGAAGGUGAUGAACUUCGUCGACAAGGUGCACUAACCGACCGGUAUGAGAGCCUCGGAGCAUGCUGUCAGCUAACUGGCUUGCUGUACUCUAAGAGGGUGAGAGAGAGUCUGUAUAUGAGUGAGAGAGACCUGGGAUCUCUUUAAAGAUAACCAUAUAUGUGCUGUUGAAUGUCGUGUUUAGGUCACUCCAUCACUCUGGCUCUGUCUGUGACCAUGACUGACCGUCAGGGAGGAAGGGGGGGAGGGGAAAGAUG